GGUACUCAUUUCAUCAGAUAUUAAAAACACCAAAGUUUUAGCAAAGCUUAAAUUUGCCCCUUCAACUAAAAGGGGCUCUCUUUCUAGCUCUUUCCCUUAAAACAUUAAAAUAUUGUUGUAGUUCUCCCAUAUAGCCAUAGCUAAACCUAAAUUAUUCUACUUUAACACAAUAUGAUGCCAUCAACUAUGACAGCAGUACAACUAUGUUGCUGCUUGUGUUUGGUUAUGGUUACAACAACGUUUGGGAGGCUACAUCCUCGAAAUCUCACUGACAACAGGUUGAUUCGUAGAAACCUCUUAGGCAAUGGCCUUGGUGGAACUCCUCAAAUGGGAUGGAGCAGCUGGAAUCAUUUUGCUUGCAAUAUUCAUGAGAGUAUGAUAAGGGAAACAGCUGAUGCAAUGGUCUCUACUGGGCUUUCUUCACUUGGAUAUGAAUACAUCAAUAUAGAUGACUGCUGGGCGGAACAAAAUAGAGACUCACAGGGAAAUAUGGUUGCUAAAGGUUCAACAUUUCCUUCUGGUAUUAAAGCACUAGCAGAUUAUGUUCAUGGCAAAGGAUUGAAACUCGGACUUUAUUCUGAUGCUGGGACUCAGACAUGUAGUAAAACAAUGCCAGGUUCAUUAGGACACGAAUACCAAGAUGCAAAUACUUUUGCUUCCUGGGGUGUUGAUUACUUGAAGUAUGAUAAUUGUAACAACGAGAAUCGAAGUCCAAGAGAAAGGUAUCCCACAAUGAGCAAAGCUUUACAGAACUCUGGAAGGGCUAUAUUUUAUUCUAUAUGUGAAUGGGGAGGUGAUAAUCCUGCCACUUGGGCUUCUCCUGUUGGAAAUAGUUGGAGAACGACUGGAGAUAUUUCUGAUGAUUGGGGCAGCAUGACUUCGCGGGCAGAUAUGAAUGACCAAUGGGCAUCUUAUGCUGGUCCAGGUGGCUGGAAUGAUCCAGACAUGUUAGAAGUUGGAAAUGGAGGAAUGAGCUUUGGAGAAUAUCGUUCUCAUUUCAGCAUUUGGGCAUUAGCAAAAGCACCUUUGAUUAUAGGUUGUGAUUUACGAUCAAUGGAUCAGAGUGCUCAUGACAUUCUAAGCAACUCAGAGGUCAUUGCAGUUAAUCAAGAUAAACUUGGAGUACAAGGUAGAAAAAUUAAGGAGUAUGGAGAUAAUUUGCAGGUAUGGGCAGGGCCUUUAAGUGGGAAUAGAAAAGCAGUAGUGCUAUGGAAUAGAGGAUCAUCAAAGGCUGAUAUAACUGCUCAAUGGUCUGAUAUUGGACUUGAUUCUUCUACUGUUGUUGAUGCACGAGACUUAUGGGCUCACUCAACAAAAGGAUCAGUUAAAGGACAAAUAUCAGCCAGCGUUGAACCACAUGAUUGCAGCAUGUUUGUUCUUACUCCCAAAAAAUAAAUUCAACCCUAUUACUUUGCUGGGGAGAUGAAGAUGAUUUUCCAUGUCAAAUGUUAUAAUUUUUCUGAAAAUUAUACCACGUUGCUGGAGGAGUCAUACAUCAUUUAAUUAGGAAUAAGACGAAUAAAUUAAAGUAAUUUUGUUAGUAUUUAUAUUAUAGUUAAGACAGUUUCUUUGUAUUGUGUUAUUUUGUGUGGGACAAAUCUUGAUGUGAGCUAUACAUCAUAAUGCUUUAUGGUGCUAUCUUUUUUA